GUCGAUAUCCUCCAUUGGCUGGGCCUCACCGGCAGCAGAGAGACCCUCUCCCCUGGGACCAGCUCCUCUUCCCUUCCCUCUCCUUCCUCCUCUACCCCAGGAGCCGGGGUCCUACUCAGCCCGGACUCCCACAUUGAAGCCGCCACAGGGGGUCUGUUCCCGCCGGAGCUCGGUGAGGAGUUUUCUGUCGUGGUUAGCCUGAGCUCCUGGCGAGCGAACAAUGCUUUCCUUUUCAGCGUGCGUGAUGGCAGGGACAAGCUGCAGUUUGGCAUCCAGCUGCUGCCCAGGAAGGUGGUGGUGUACACCGGCGAAAAGGCCUCUGUCUAUUUCACCUACGACGUGCACGACGGGCGCCAGCACUCUUUCGCUGUGGGCGUGCGGCCGCGCUCAGUGUCGUUCCAUGCGGACUGCGGGGCGGUGCAGCAGCGAGAACAGACGCUGACCCGGUCACAGGGGCUAGGGUCUGGAUCUAGAGGCCUGCUCACCCUAGGAAGGAUUAAGUCUAAAGCAGCCCAGUUCCAAGGCUUCAUAUGCCAGCUGGACAUCUACCCCUCAGCCCAGGCUUCUGCGCGUUACUGCCACUACCUUAAAAAACAGUGCUGGCUGGCCGACACUUUCCGAUCGCCACCGCCACCCCCCAGCUCGGAUAUGGAGGUUUCCGGCUCCUUGGCUUUCUCCCCUGUUCCUCCUUCUCCAGAGUCCCAGACAGUGGUGGUGCCCCUCUCCCUGGCUGUAGACUCCCAGCAGUCCACCACCCUGGCCGGAUCAGCCCCCAGCCCCUCCCUGGAGGGGUCCGGAACACCGUAUUUAAGCCCCUCAGAGCGGUCUCAACUGGGGGUCAGGACCCAGACCCAGAGCUUCCUGCUGGAGCACCUCACCUCUAUCCAUACCCCCACAGCAGGCCCCAUUGGCCCAUCCUCAGGCACUCUCAGUGGGCUGGAGGCCAUGGAUAUCACACACAUGAGUAUCAACUCCAGCUCCAGAUCCAGCCCAACAGGGGGCUCCACCAGGCAGUCUCCCCAGUCUGAGAAUGACACGGAGAAGGAGGAGGAGGAGGAGGAGGAGGAGGAGGGGGAGGAGGAGGAGGAGGAGAGGAGCCCCAGGAGGUCCCAACGGGUCACCACAGCCACCCCAGGCCUGAUCUCCCCUGUCAGGCAGAGCCGCUUGAAGGAGGGCCUGAGGAACAGCUCCAGCUUCAGGCCUAGAGACUCUCAGCCCCAGCCCACUAACCACCUCCUGGACAACCAGCUCAGACCCAACAGCACCACCCUGUACCGGGAGAACCAGGUGGACACCUCAGAGGAACAUGGCCAGGAAGGGGCCUACGAUGUGGGCAUGGAAGGCUACGACUAUGGAUACGAGGAACCAGAUUACUUCUACAGAGACUAUGAUGAGGCUUUUCCCGGCCCCAAAGGAGACCCAGGUCCU